AUGGUUGUUGCAGUUGCAGGAACGGUUGUGGAUGCUGCCUCUAGUUCUGCUGACGUUGUGGCUGGCAGUAGCAAUGAUGCAGAGGAUGUAACAUCGGCUUUGUCUUCCACUCCAAGUUCUGGAUCUGGUGCCGUCUCAGGAACGAUGCCGCGAGAGUCACGACCUGAUUCUCAGGAUGGUGUCAGCUUUGUGCAGCGUCUACAGCCGGAUGAGGCGCAAACCCUUGCCAACAUGGGUGUCCGUCGUGACACUAUCACGGCCUUGGGGCGUUUCCUUGGUGAACUUGCGCGUGCAGGUGAAGGUCAUGCGACAGGAGAUGUUGCUCGCGGUGACGUUGAGUGGGCCAUGCGGGUUGUUGACCUUGCCAUGCAAAGAUGUAUUGAGGUUCAGGAUGUGAUCAACAGUCUGCUGAUUCGUCGUCUUCAAGGUGGAGACUGCGUACUUCCUGAUGCUGAUAGUCGUGGGGGUGUUUGUCAAGUUGGGCAUCCUUUUGUGGUUGCCCUUGCGCGGACCUAUCUUGAUGGUCUGCGUGAAGCUCUUGCCGAUGCUUGGGUGGAUCCGGACACACUUCCGGAGGAGCUCAGACGCUUUCCACCUAAUCAGGAAUACUUUGCCAGUGACAAUGAUGAGGAGGGUGGAUAUGGUGAUGGUUUGGGUGGUAACAGUGCUGUGCCUGUAGACCGUGAUCAAGCUCGAGCCUCUACGGAUCCUGCGCCGCGCCGGGCUCGGUCCCGCAGUGCACGUCGUGAUGACACAGGCAGGGAUGUCCACGUGGAAACUGUUGCGGCAGUUCCGGCUGGCACCGCUGUGUCUACUUUGACGGAUGAUGCUGCUGUGCCUGGUGAUACUACGGAUGGGGUCGUACCUGUCGCUGGACCCCCUCCUGUUGGAGGGACGGAUGUUGACAACACGGUGGAUGUUGAGACCCAGUCGCUUAUGCAACGCAUGCCUGUACUCUCUGAUCCCGAACGUGACCAACUUCUUCAGUCAGGGUGGACACAUGACUCUAUCGGUGAGCUUGGGGCGCUCCUUGACCGUAUGCAUGAGGACGCUCUUGGAUGUACACAUUCUGAACGUGUUUGGAUGUUGGGUGUGGUACGCUCCUUUGUGCAUGGUCAGCAAGAAAUGUCGCGUGCUUUUGGCUCCGUGCUUGGACUACGGGCAGUCUUAGUGGACGGCGCUCCUGCUCCUCUACCUCCGGCUGAGACUCGCAGUGCAUUUGUUGCAGGGUGUGGAAGACUCUUCCGUGCCAUGCACAUGGCACACUGGCGACGGGUGGUAGAUCUCAUGGACGACGUUGUACUAUAUCCUGAACUUCUUCCGGUUGAGCUUCAAGGAACAGUUGGCAGUCAGAAUAUGACAUCACAAGGAUCUGGGGAUGUUUCCAGACGCGUGGCGGAUGGAGGUCAACCAUCUCCUGGUGCCAUGGGUGGACCACCUGAUGGUGAUCCUUUGGCUGUUUGUCCUCAUGACCCUUCAGGAAUUUGUCAUGGUGCACAACAACAUGAAGCAGCCGUGGGUGUGUCGAUUGAUGCAGUCUUUUCGGGCUUGCAGGAUGUCAGUCCUCUACCUCCGGGUUGUGAUGCGAGCCUUGAGAUUCGUGCAUCUGAUCCUCUUGGAUGUGACGCUGAUGGUGACGCUUCGGAUGUCUCCUUGCACUCGGGAGAUGAGGGUGCCGGCAAUGUUCUUGCUCUCCAUGAGUUGGGUGUUGACACCGUUGAUGAACGUGCCUCGGCCGUAGCCAAAGCUGCGGAAUCGUUGGCGCGACGGUUGGAUGAUGCCGAGCAGGCCGUUCGAGGAGCAUGUCGCGGCUCUCUCCGCAAGCUGGACGUGGGCACUGCCCUCCGCUCCUCGGAGCCGGCCCUGCGGGGCUGGGCUGCGGAGGUCGUUGCUGGUCGCGGAGCGGAUGCUUCCGUCUAUGGAGAGGUCAUGGCCAAGCUGCUCUCGGACGAGUCCAAG